CUUUGAACUAGAGCGCUGCUUUUGGUCCUGCUGCUUGAUACGGGUUCACUUGAUUCAUUUACCUAGCCUUUCCUGUACGCGAUUCCGUACGGGCUCGGACGUUCAACACAGCCCCCGUAAUUUAUUUUACAGUUUUUGAAUACUAAAUCCGUAAGCAGUCUUUCGUCAUACACGCUGGAAGAUAUGGAAGGCAAUUGUUUGGAUAACAGCAGCGCCGAAAGCGCUCACGGUUCAGGAAUGAACGAUCCCACACCGAAAGCUGCUGCUUUAGAUGCGGCCACGGCUGAUCAAGUCAGCCAGGAUGCCCUUCCGCAGCGGCAGAGGAACCGGUCAGGAAAGGACCAGGUAAAUUCCACGGUUGCAGCACAAGAGCUGAAAGAAAAGGAGCAAGCCUUCACAUCUGGACCAGAAGGAUCCUUACUACCAAGUGUUGACUCAGCAAAGGCCAUGGUCGCCCUUGCGCUACGGCCCAGGGCGCCCGGUUCGCAUGCCGAAACCAGCGCGUCAAGCUCCGCUGCUGCUUCCUCCAGCCCUGUGAAGGACAGAAACAAUCGUGAUCGGAACAACAGGCGAUCAACCAAGCCGCCGAGCGGAUCUUCCGCAGCGCCCAGCGUGGCCGCUGCCACCAUCGCUCCUUCUCCAGUUGAGGACUCCUCCACAGCUGAAGCUGCGGCCGCGGCUGCCACCUCCGCUCUUGUCCCGUCAACGGGCGACAACGCAGUGGCAGGUGGUAACAUGACCCCGAGGGUCAGCUCAACAGCUGGAGCCCCGGCUGCCGACCUGGAAGCUCUAGCCGCAGCCGCAUCUGCGGCAGCAACGGCCGCGGCCUUCAGCAGCCUUAAGCUCGCCACGGCCGCUGCCACCCUCCCAAAGCCCCCUCCCCGGCCCCGGCCCGCGCAAACCCCGGCUAACGGGCACCGCUCUCCGGCGACAAACACGCCACGGCAAACGCCCACGAAACGCGACACGCCUGCCGGGUCUACCAGCCCCGACCCCAGACGCUCUCCCGCCGCUGCUGCAGCCGGCGGUCGCGGCGCGCCAGCAACAGCCUCAGCAGCAGCUGCACCUGCUGAUGCUUCCGCCCCUACCGCCAUUGCUCCCAGCCCGACACCAUCGAACCGCGGCUGCCGCAGCCGCCGCGCCACCGAGGGCAGCAACCGUACGGCAACAGCUGACGGCGGCGAUUCCGGCUCCGACGUGUCAGGCUCGGCUUCUGCCGCCGCUGCCGCCUCAUCCUCGUACGUGCCGCUUGCCGUACAUCAGGCCCUUUUGGCGGAGCACUCUAGGCUGGCAGCGGAUCGAGAGCUGCUUGCAUGCGAGGUACGGCGGUUGGCGGCGCAAGUACGGCACCUGACGGCGCAGCAGGGCUUGCUGCAGGGGGAGUUGCAGCGGCUGCUGAGUAAGAACAGCAAUCUGCAUUCGGAGCUGGCGUCGCGCGUGGUGGAGUGCGAGAGCCAAGCGGAGCUGGUGGAUAUUCUGUCGGAUGCCGUACGGGAGAUCGUGCUGGUGGACGAGCACCCGGUUGUAGUACCGUCGGAGGUGGCGGUGGCCGAGGAGGAGGACGUGGCGGUUGUGGAGGAGGUUGCGGCGGUGGCGGCGGCGGAGGAGGCGGCUGUGGAGGAGGUGGCGGAGGAGAAGGUCGGGGAGACGGUGGGUGAUGGGGACACCAAGGAGGAAGAGGACUGUGCGGGAGAUGAGGGAGAGGCGGCAGCGGAGGAGGAGGGUGGUGAGGAGGCGGCUGCGGGCGAGGCUGACAAGGAGGAUGGGGAGGCGUCGAAGGACGAAGCGGCGGAGGCGCCGACGGAAGCAUAGCUGGUGACGGGAAUGUUUGCGGUGAAUAGCUGACAUCCAGCUAGGGCAUGCUGGCGGGCAUGACGUUCUUUGUCACCGAGAGCCGCGGCAUGCUAUCCAUCUCUGGACGGCACUCCUGUUUCUUCCACGCACUCGUAGGAUCUGGGGCCCGGUAUAGGGUCCGCUCUGAUACAUGGUCAAUGGUGAUGAGUCAUGAGUCAAACGGGGGCUAUACACCUCGUCUCGCCUUGUCUGUUAAAGGCCUGCAAUAGGGUUAUGGAUUUUAAGUAUGUUAGCAUGCUAUGUACGGCCGGGGGAGGCUUGAUGCAGUGUUACUGGAAGCGCACGUGCAGCAGCAGCCUAGGCGUGACGGCAUGUGGAGUUAAGUCUGGUAGGACCUGCCAAGCUGCUAUGCGCCUACCUGCAACGGCUGAAUCGACUUGUUGCGAGUACUGCGCCCGGCACACACGGGCAUGGUGCUGUACGGUAUUGUAGUGCACUCGAAGGCUAUACCGGCGUCAUGUUCGCGUGCUUGUGUGAACGUGCGUGCGGGCGUUGAAGCACGCCAAAGCGUUUCGUUCCCGUGCGAAAGCGGAGAGGUGCCGGAUAACGGCCAUCUUGACUGUGUGUGUUUUAGGGGAAUUCGGUUCUAGUAUUCGGAUUUGGCUUUUGCGACAAAAAAAACUCUUCUAAUUUCCGAACGCGUCUAUGUUUUCGAGAUGCUUUGCAUUGUUUUGGUAUGCACUGCUGCUCUCAGGUUUCAUUCGACGGCGCAGGCAGCACAUGGCUUGUAGCGGGGGCAUGCAACAGGGGCAAGCGCUGUUUGGUAUUCUUCCGGCACAACAUCAUCCAGGCCCUCACACGGGACUGGAUGCAAACUUGGCAACUUCAUGUGUUGCAUGCGACAGCUUGUAGGGAGCCGCUGCGGCUCUAUAAUCCGUGUUACUGUAGCCUAUGAUUGGCAUUUGACACAAGAUGGUUCGGUGGGUAAAACCACAUGGUGCGCGCAUUCAUACUGCCGUCUGUCCUGGAUGGAGUGCGAGGACCGGACUAUACCAGUCGUACUGUUUUGUAAGUCUCUUGUACG